AUGGUGCCUCCGGGGCCACCUACUCCGAUUGGUGGUGCCCAAUCUGGGUCGCCUUCACUUAUGAGAUCGAAUUCGGGGAUGAUGGGGGGUCAGGGUGGACAAGCUUCGUUUCCUUCGUUGGUUUCUCAGCGAAAUCAGUAUAAUAACAUGAAUAUGUUAGGGAACAUGUCUAAUGUUGCUUCUAUGAUGAAUCAGUCUUUUUCCAAUGGGAUUCCGAACUCGGGACUUGGUGGAUUGGGAAAUAGUCAACGUGGUGGUAUGGAUCCUGGGGCUGAACAGGAUCCUUUGUCUGGUGUUGGCAAUGGAAUGGGAUUUGGUAAUCCUUCUUCGUCGUUUGGGCAAUCAAAUAUGGCUAACCCUGGGUCAUCUGGUCAAGGACAAGGUCAGGGUCAGCAAUUUUCAAACCCUUCUGGUAACCAGUUGUUGUCGGAUCAACAGCAUUCCCAACAACUCGACGCUCAAAAUUUCCAACAUGGUCAGCAGCAGUCAGCGCAGCAGUUUUCGGCUCCAAUGAACUCUCAACAGCAACAACAACAUCAACAGCAGCAGCAACAUUUUCAAUCAAUGCGAGGAGGUAUAGGUGGUAUUGGACCUGUGAAGAUGGAGCCUCAAGGAAACAAUGACCAGUUUGGGCAGCAGUUGCCAUCACUGAGGAAUCUUGCUCAAGUGAAAUUGGAACCGCAACAACUUCAAUCAAUGAGAGGUAUGGCACCUGUAAAAAUGGAGCCCCAACAUAGUGAUCAACCAUUUUUGCAUCAACAACAACAGCAACAGCAGCAGCAACAACAGCUCCUCCAUAUGUCAAGGCAAACCUCUCAGGCUACUGCUGCACAGAUGAAUCUUUUGCAACAACAGAGACUAAUGCAAUAUCAACAACAUCAGCAGCAGCAACUCUUAAAGUCAAUGCCUCAGCAGCAACGGUCCCAGCUACCGCAACAGUUUCAACAGCAGAAUAUGCCUAUAAGGUCUCCUGUGAAACCAGCAUAUGAACCUGGGAUGUGUGCUAGGCGGCUGACACAUUACAUGUAUCAGCAACAACAUAGACCUGAAGAUAACAACAUUGAUUUCUGGAGGAAAUUUGUUGCUGAGUACUUUGCUCCUAAUGCCAAAAAGAAGUGGUGCGUUUCCAUGUAUGGAAGUGGCAGACAAACAACUGGAGUUUUCCCUCAGGAUAUAUGGCACUGUGAAAUAUGUAAUCGUAAACCUGGCCGCGGGUUUGAGGCAACUGCUGAAGUUCUUCCCAGGCUUUUCAAAAUAAAGUAUGAAAGUGGUACUUUAGAAGAGCUUUUGUAUGUUGACAUGCCUCGUGAAUAUCACAAUUCCUCUGGCCAGAUUGUUCUAGAUUAUGCCAAAGCAAUACAAGAAAGUGUUUUUGAGCAACUCCGCGUUGUCCGAGAUGGCCAACUUCGAAUAGUUUUCUCCCCAGAUCUGAAGAUAUGCUCUUGGGAAUUUUGUGCUCGGCGUCAUGAAGAGCUCAUCCCCAGAAGAUUGUUAAUUCCUCAGGUUACUCAGCUUGGAGCAGUUGCUCAAAAAUAUCAGGCAUGUACACAAAAUGCAGCACCCAAUCUAUCCAUUCCAGAGUUACAAAAUAAUUGCAAUUUGUUUGUGGCAUCAGCUCGUCAGCUGGCAAAAGCCUUAGAAGUUCCAUUGGUUAAUGAUUUAGGAUACACAAAGAGAUAUGUGCGGUGCCUACAAAUAUCAGAAGUGGUAAAUAGUAUGAAAGACUUGAUAGAUUAUAGCAGAGAAACAGGAACUGGACCUAUGGACAGCUUGUCCAAAUUCCCUCGGAGAACAAGUAAUUCAUCUGCACUUCAUAGUCAGGCGCAACAGUCUGAAGAUCAAUUACAGCAGCAACAACAGCAUAUGGCGUCCAAUAACUCAAAUGGUGAUCAGAACUCUGUGCAAGCUGCUUCCAUGCAAAUUCCUUCUAACAAUGGUGUGGCAAGUGUAAAUAACAAUGUUAAUUCAGCAUCUGCAUCGACUACCACAAGCACCAUUGUUGGACUUCUCCACCAGAACUCUAUGAAUGCUAGGCAGCAAAAUUCAAUGAACAAUGCAAGCAGUCCAUAUGGAGGUAAUUCUUCCCAUGUUCCAUCACCAGGUUCAUGCAAUACAGUCCCACAAGCGCAACCAAACUCGUCACCUUUUCAUUCACCGACACCGUCCUCAUCUAACAAUCCUCAAAAUUCUCACCCGGGUAUACCAUCUGCAAAUCACAUGGGUACAGCAAACUCACCAGCUAAUAAUAUUUCCUUGCAACAACAACAGACGUCUAUUUCUGGUGAAGUCGACCCUAGUAACGAUGCACAGAACUCAGUCCAGAAAAUCAUUCAUGAGAUGAUGAUGUCCUCCCAGAUGAACGGAACAGGUGGAAUGGUAGGUGCUAAUUCUCUUGGAAAUGACAUGAAGAAUGUAAAUGGUAUCCUACCAGGGAGUACUAAUACUGGCCUCAACGGUGGCAAUGGCAUGAUGGGUAAUGGAGGUGUGAACAGUAAUCCUGGUGUUGGGGUUGGUGGUUAUGGCACUAUGGGGCUCGGUCCAUCUGGUUUACCUAAUGGAAUGAGGCCAGGAAUGGGAAACAAUUCAGUCAUGAAUGGAAGAGGAGGAAUGUCAUCGAUUACUCGGGAACAGGCUAUGAAUCAUCAACAGGAUUUGUCAAGCCAACUACUUAGUGGGUUAGGAGCAGUAAAUGGUUUUAAUAAUCUUCAAUUUGAUUAG